AUGCAAACCAACAGCACCGCCGUGCUCCUGAUGGGACUGAUGAGCGCUUGCGGGGAGGAGGAGGAAGAGCAGACGAGCCCAAGGCAGAUGAACGACCUUAAGGUGCCUUUUCACAACCGCUCCUUAAACUGCUGGCUGCACCUCCUCUCCAAGGAGUCCCCGUUAGAAGUGCACGGAGACAGCGCGAAUUUGGCGGUGCGAGUUCUUGUGGCUAUGGUCUACCUGGUGGUGUGUGUUCUGGGACUUGUGGGUAACCUCCUGGCACUAUUCCUGCUCCAUUCCCACCGCAGGGGUCACCAUUCAUCCAUUGACUGCUUUGUGAUGAGCCUGGCGCUGACAGACCUUCAGUUUAUUCUCACCCUGCCCUUCUGGGCUGUAGAUACUGUGCUGGACUUCCGUUGGCCCUUUGGCCGGGUCAUGUGUAAGAUUGUGAGCUCCGUUACCACUCUGAACAUGUAUGCCAGCGUGUUUUUCCUCACUGCCAUGAGUGUGACCCGCUACCACACCCUCUCCACUUCUCUCAAGAUGGGCAGCCCUACAAGAGCCACGACUCGUGCCAAGUGGGCCAGUUUAGCCAUUUGGAUGGUUUCAGUGGUGGCUACUUUGCCUCACGCUUUGUACUCAACCACAGUCCAGGUGUCUACUGAUGAUGAGCUUUGCUUGGUAAGGUUCUCUGAAUCGGACUCAGGGCAUUGGGAUCCUCAGGUUCUGCUGGGACUCUACCAGACACAAAAGGUCCUGUUGGGUUUUAUUGUUCCCCUGGUGGUGAUCAGUGUGUGUUACCUCCUCCUCCUGAGGUUCAUUCUGAACCAGCGCUCUGUGUGCAGCGCUGUGGAAGGAGGUGUGGCAGAGAAGUCGGAGAGCGAGAGAGGCCGCGACAGGCGUCGGUCCAAAGUCACCCGUUCUGUCACCAUCGUGGUCCUGUCCUUUUUCAUCUGCUGGCUGCCAAACCAGGCCCUGACUCUAUGGGGAGUACUCAUCAAAUUUGAUUUGGUGCCCUUUAGUAAAGCCUUUUAUAAUGCACAAGCAUACGGCUUCCCCCUGACUGUGUGUCUGGCCCACGCAAACAGCUGUCUGAACCCUGUGCUCUACUGCCUUAUUCGACAGGAGUACAGAGCUGGUUUGAAGGAGCUACUAGUUCGAAUCUCUCACUCCAUCCGGAACGUUCUCACACUUGCCCUGAGGGGGAGGAAAGUGGAAGGGCACCCAACCAGUCAGGCUAUGAUGCACAGACAGUAA